GCGAACCCUCCGAUUCGUUGAAAGGAGGGGGAGUUUUUCCUAUACGAGGCAGGUAAGCGAGCUGUUGGAACAGCGGUUUACGAGGCAGGUAAGCGAGCUGUUGGAACAGCGGCAGAAGUAGGAUCGGAGAGAUUGGACGAAGGAGAGAGGGGAAUCGGAGCCAGAAGGAGUCUCCUUUUCUGCAAAUCCAUGGAUUUCUUGGAGUCCUGUGGCGUCGAGACUGUCGGGAUAGCCGUCGCCGGGGUCGCCGUCGCUGCGGGCGCCAUUUACUUCUACUUGGGCAGGAAAUCAAAAGGCUCCUCAGAUCCUGAGAAUUUCAGGGAGUUCAAACUGGUUCAGAAAAAACAGCUUAGCCACAAUGUGGCUAAAUUUCAAUUUGCUCUUCCUACCGCCAGUUCUGUGCUAGGUCUUCCAAUCGGCCAGCAUAUAAGUUGCAGGGGAAAAGACAAUCUUGGUGACGAAGCUAUUAAACCAUAUACACCAACCACUCUGGACUCUGAUCUUGGAUACUUUGAACUUGUUAUAAAGAUGUAUCCUCAAGGAAGAAUGUCUCAUCAUUUCCGUGAAAUGAAAGUUGGUGACUACAUGUCUGUAAAAGGGCCUAAGGGACGCUUCAAGUAUCAAGUUGGCCAAGUCAGAGCUUUUGGAAUGAUAGCUGGUGGAUCUGGCAUUACUCCAAUGUUUCAAGUUACAAGGGCCAUACUGGAAAAUCCAAAGGAUAAAACUAAGGUUCACCUUAUCUAUGCUAAUGUCACUUAUGAAGAUAUCCUUCUGAAGGAAGAGUUGGACAGCUUGGCUAGGACUUAUCCUGAUCGCUUCCAAAUUUAUUAUGUGCUUAACCAGCCUCCUGAUGGUUGGGAAGGUGGUGUCGGGUUCGUGUCAAAAGAUAUGAUCAAAACUCACUGUCCUGCACCGGCACAUGACAUCCAGGUUCUGAGAUGCGGUCCACCACCCAUGAAUAAGGCCAUGGCCGCACACCUGGAUGAUCUUGGUUACACAAAGGAGAUGCAGUUCCAAUUCUAAGUAAUAUUGACGAGUGCAAGAACGCGAAUUUUCUCAAUUUAUGCCUUGUUUCCCAUCGAGCAAUGGCGAAACCAGUUCCUUAAUCAUUUGAUUUGAGAGUCUCGACCAACUGGAAUCCUUGUACACUUCCUAGAUUUCACUCUGAGCUUGUGUUUUCUUUUCUAAAAGCAACAUUUUACUGAUCUAAGUUAAGCAUGAGAAUAAAAACAACAACAAUAUUUGUAUGUCUA